AUGUACAACAUUUACGUUACAAAUCAAGCUGAAGAGAACGUAUACUUCCGCCUACGAAGGGAAACAAUCAGAGCGUUCACAGUUGCAAGCGAGUUUGUCAGUCGAGUAGAAGAAUUGUCCAAGGGCCAGCAAGAGUCUCAGGCAAACUCCAGCAGUUUAAAUUCGUACUUAAUAAGCAUGCAUUUUUGUAUCAUUCCUCCACAAACGACCAUGUCUUUUACCAUUGGACCCGUAGAUGAUUCAUCCGCAAUGUGGGCUUCUCUCUAUGCGCGAUCGAAGUUGUGGAUUAUGGACUAUAAAGUUGAUUAUGUCAACUUUGGAUGCUUGUUUGUAAAACAGACGAGCAGUUUGGGAGCUUUCUAUCUUAUCCAGGCGAAUCCUGAGCCAGUUUGGAUUUCAGCCAAGAAGGGAGACGCAGUCCCCGACGGGAUCGUUAAAGCUGGCAGCAGUGCGACGAACGGCUUUGAGUACUAUGUUGGUCGUUCAACCCUAGCUAUACCAUGCCCUGUUGCUUCCAUGAAUGGUCAGUGUAGCUUCUGGAUUCCAGGAGAAAGCAAAAACGAGGAAAGUGGCGAGCUGUUGCGUGACACAGGUCAUCAAUGGAUUCGAGCAUCAAGAGGCGACCCUAUACCACCUAAUUCUGUAAUCGUCGGAGUAAGAGGGGUUGAAGGAUCGGUUUUUCUCGGAAGGGUGGGAAGAGAGCCGUGCUCCAUCAUCACGGGAAAUGGAAAAAUCAAAGAUUUCUGUUGCUUUCCACUCGGGGAGGAAACGCGAGUUGAAAAUGGUGAGGUGAUUGUGCUGACCAACGGUAUAUUGAGUUUGAAGUGA